UUCGUUAAUGUGUAACACUCAAAGCAUACUUGCACUUUGUUUCCCCAAAUAAUACGUUUUGGACUAAACGUUACUCAAGGAUGGAUGGUAAAGUUCUGCAACAUUCCCAGACACAAAUAAUAUUUCCUUACAAGGUGAAGAUGGGUUUUGUUUUCAUCCUAAUGUGUCUCUUCGCUCCGGCGCAACAAGCACCGGUUCCCUACUCCAGCAUUUUGAAUCUCUCCUUCAAAAAUGUCGAGUUUGCGAUGGACCUUUACCGCAAGAUAUCCACUUACCACGACAAGAACAUCAUCUUCUCCCCUCUGAGUAUUUCCACCAGUUUUGCUGCCCUCUCCAUGGCCGCUAAUGGCGAUACGUAUGAGGAGAUAUUAAAAGGACUCAAACUGAAGAAUCUGGAGCAAGAUGAUCAGCCAGAUCUUAUUCCAAAAUUGUUCCAGAUGCUCCACGGGAACAUCUCGCAAAAUGGAACCACCAAACUGGACCAAAGCACGUCCCUUUUCGUCCGCCAGCACUUCAUCAUCGAGAAGACCUUUGAGGAACAGAUGAAGUCCUAUUUUUACGCAGACAUCAAGAAUGUCGACUUUGAAGAAACAAAUACAAGCGUCAGUCUCAUUAACGACCAUAUAAAAGACAAGACGAGAGGCAAAGUGACAGAAAUGCUCUCCAGAAUCGAUCCGAUGACAGAGCUUAUGAUGAUCAACACGUUUUACUUCCAAGGUGGGUGGAAGAUUCCAUUCAACUCCAACUACACACGCAAUGCACCCUUUUACGUUGACAACUACAAUAUUCUACAAGUGCCGAUGAUGUUCAAUGAGGACAAAUUCGAAACAAUGGUAGAUACGCAUCUUGGUGCAAGUGUACUGAAACUGCCCUACCUGGAAGGCGUGGCCAUGCUCAUCCUGCUGCCGAACAAAGGAGUGGAUUAUAAUACUAUCGACGAUGAGAUCACUGCAAAGAGAAUGCUUGGUUGGAUCAAAAAACUGCAGAAGACUAAAUUGGAGAUCAACAUCCCGAAAUUUAAGAUGGAGGAAUCGUACGCUUUGCAGGACAUCCUCCCGGAGAUGGGUUUCACCAAUCUCUUCAGUGGUUCUGCCAAUUUGACAAAGCUGAGCAAUGACAAAGGCCUUAAGGUUUCAGAGGUGCUACAUAAAGCAGUUAUUGAGGUGGAUGAGAUGGGGACCACCGCGGCGGCUGCCACAACAACUGGCAUUAUUCCCUACUCGUUACCCCGGACCUUCAUUGUCGACCGUCCGUUUUUCUUCUUCAUAUACCAUGAAGACACAAAAUCCCUGUUAUUCAUGGGCAGGGUGAUUGACCCCACCAAAAACUAGCAGCCGUGACUUGCUGUACUUUGACUUUAGAAAUGCAUUGCCACAUGUUUACUCAUGCUGUAGGUUUUUAAACCAAACCUCAGAUUUACUUUGAAAUUCUUCUGAUGGUAGAUAUUGUAAAAGACCCCUGAUAUGUAAUAAAAUGCGACAGAA